GAGGUAAGGGAAUGGGAAGUGGGAAAUUUAUGUUAAAACUUGAAAAGAAAAGCGUAUUUGUUUUGCUAGUCUUAUGCUGUUAUUUCGAGUAGAAAUAAUGAGAAAAUCUUAAAAGUAACCAAAUUUCGUUACAAGAUGGAGCAUAUCAAACAAUACGAUUGGUGUUCAUCCUUGCCUGACCGAUGUUUUAUCACAGAAGAGGAUUUGGACAAUUCUGUGACAGAGAGGAUACUACGGAAUAAGUUCCGUGACCCUACACUGUCUAGUGACUCUGAGGAUGAGAGACCAAAGACUGUGUUUGACUGGGAUCAGAUUUUUAAGAGAAAUACUCAGCAAGAACAUCAGUUCCGUAUAUUCGUGCCAGGACUCAGACCGGUGCCGCCAUACCCCAAACUUUCAGCUUUGACGGCACAUCAACAAUACCAGUGUCUCAAAGUGCUAUGUUCUGAGAACCCAACAAUUUUGGACAAAGAGUUUGUGCCCAGACCAACGAAACAAGACCACAGGGUUUUUGAGGAAUUAAAAGUGAAAUAUGCCCAAGAACAAGAGGAAUACAAAGAAUGGGCAAGAACUCUGUGGACAAACGCCCACUGCUCAAGAGGAUUGCGUCCCAAACCGACCGUUGAGACCGUGUACGAAGCGGAAUUCAAAAUGAAAGCCAAUGAAAUGCAGUCUUUUCCUAAAACAUACAAAAUGGCUGCGCAAAUACCUUUGGAGGAUGCAAAUAAUUUGUGCGAAAUGAUUUACCAGAAAGAAUUGAAGAAAGUGCACAGCACAGAUUUGCCACAAAUUGAUUACCCGCUUUUAACACAGAAGUGUUCCAUAAUAAGACCUAGUCCAGUGCCGGAGCCUUGCAACAAACAUCCCUCGCGGUUCAUUCUUCCAAGUGAGCAAUCAGUGUCAACUCUACCGCUGACCGAAGUCCACAGGGAACUGUCCCAAUUUGCGUUAGAAUCCGGUGCUAAAUUUGUGGCCAGCGAGGGCGCACUGAAAUGUUUGAUGGAGCUUGAUAGAGCUUGGAUGGUGCCUGUUUCUGUAUGUGAAGCUAUUAGCGCCGAUGGUGAUAAAAACAAUGUGGUAGUACUCGGAAGUGAAUUCUCAGUACAUCGCGAGCCGGCCAUGGUGCGGACGUAUAAGGCAUUCAAGCAUCUCCUGGAGUUCUCGCUUAUACCUCCUACGGAACGAUUGAAGUUGGAAGAGAAACGGCAAAAACAAGCUAAGAAAAGCAAAAAAUCUGCAAAUAAAAAAGAGAAAGCAGACAGAACUUCUGUAAGAACCAGAUCGAAUAGCAACAAAAUGUCGAUCAGUAGUGAUGAGGAUGAAGAUCACUUGUUUAUCGAUAUUGCCGGCAAUGAUCAAGAAAAUAUUGCAUCAUCAGAAAUGGAACAAACAGACAUACAGCCGGACAAUUUGGAUUUAAGUUACACAUCUGAACCAGAAAAAGACAAUAUUCACAGGGACAAGACUACAGAUGAAUUUGGAAUCUAUAAUUGCACUUGUAAAGAUACUGAAUUUGAAAUGCCUCCACCGCGCUCUUACAAGAAGUGGGUAGUUAGAAAUAAGACAAUAAACGACGAGCAGGCUAUUAUUGUGCAUUGCUCACACAAAAUACGCGGUCAAACCGGUGAACUAGUACUAGAACCAAUACCAGAAUACCAGUUGGAAUUGGCGGGAUGUCAGCAGUCGCCCGGGCGCAUAGCUAGUUUAGCGCUCUCUUUAAUACUGAGAAGAAACGCGUCUCUUUUGAACGUGCGCAUAGACAGCAUAGCGGGCGACAUAGUGACCAUAGAGAACGUGUUCCCCGAGGAGUUCCACAGGAGGAACAAAACCGCGACCGGUCUAGUGUGCAACAGGAUACACAGCACUCUGAACCAGUUGGAGGGGCUCGUGCCGGGGCAUUACGUGUUGCGACAUGACGCUUCACACGGCACAAACGCGCUUCUAUACGCGCCUUCGACUCCCGAAACUGCUCAGUUGACGUUGGACUUCAACUGUAACCAACUCGCGGACAACGACGAAGCGAAAUGUAUCAAGACUCCGCCAGUUUUAGCCCCAGUAUUGCUACCUUAUCACAAAUAUCGCAAGAUCCUGCCUCUCGCCUUCACCCCUCACGAGACCCAACUGGCCAAGGAGCCCAAGAGACCAGUCACCAGGCAGAAGACACCACCGCAAGCCAUACGGGAUCGAGAGGCGUCCAGAGAAAGAAAGUGGCCGAAGAAACGAAAGAAGAAGAACAAGAACUAAUUUGCUAUAUGAAUAUGAUUUUUGUUGCAGUAAUAAAUAUUUAUAAAUAUUA